AUGAACGCCGACGAGUCCGACGACGACAUUCGUGACUGGAAGUGGGAACCGUUCACCUCAACUAUCAACACCAUCAAGCAGAACACCUAUGACACAGUCCUUGAGGCAACGCAGGAUCCAGACGCCGCCUUUCUCAUCCCACGAUGGACCCGCCCGAACUGGCCACGCGAGGGCAUCACACUUCCCCCAGAAGAAGUAGUCCCGCAGGACGGUUCAACGGCCGUCAUCAAGGGUGAUGCGACGUCUCGGCUGCGACCAGCUCUCCUGCCCGAGGACGGAGCGCAGAACCCCACCAGAUAUGCCCUGCGAUAUGGAAUUUUCCCCGAUGAUGACUUCCGUGGUCCUCGACACGGCCGGUCACGCAUGUCCCCUAUAGCGGAAGCCUUCGAGCACGAAUUCCAGAAUCUGGAUCAGGAUCCGGCAUCGUACUCGCAUGCCAACAUUGCUCUUUUCAAGAGCAAAUUUGGAGAAGAAGAGGUCUAUGCUGAUGAUGAGGACUAUCAAAGGGCCUUGUUCUAUGGGUUCACGACUAAAGAGAGGAUCGAUUGGAAAGCUGAGCCUUUGCACCCGGACUUUGAGCCUCAAGAGAGCAACCUCAGUGGGAACCUUCACGAUUUACUCGUCAGAGACCAAAAAUGGCUCAAUAUGGACGAGGGCGGUCGGCCGAGAUACAAUCUUUGCGGUAAAACAGGCGAAUACUCUGUGAACGAUGAAGAACUGUGGACAGCCCUCCAACCAGCCCUCCAGCUCGUCACCCGGGUUUUACAGAUGGAUCAUCCCUUCUGGCGAGCAUGCUUAGACUCUCUCUGCGGAAUCGAAGUCCCACCUCACCGCAAGAGCAGGAAACACAGGGACAAAAAGCUCAUCUACAUCGACCCCAACGAGCCCAAGGACUGGUUCGCAAAGCAGGGCACUCACAUGAGAGCCAACCUCGCCCUCAGCUAUAUCCAGGAACGAAUAAGCCUCAGCAUCAAGUCAAACCGUCAAUUCGUGGCUGGACAAGGACCGGGCCGAGACGACAUGACCGGUGAGACGCAGCCAUACCAUCGAAACGAUGCUGUCAAUUUUCGCCUGGAAGUCGCCAUUGCAGCCGAGAUCAUGUGGCCUCUGCUUGUCCCGCAGUACACCAUUGUCGAAAAACAAAACUGUUCACUCGUGAUUGCAACUGUCAUUCUUCACGAACUAGCUCAUGCCGCUCAUUUUGCCAUGUAUGGCCACGUCGCAGACACUCUAAACCCAGAAGUCCGUCGAGCAUGGGACGAUCCCUUCUGGGCUAAUGAGGGAAAGGCUGAGAUUGGAUUUGCGUUUGAGAACCAGCUAUGGGGCGGCACCCUUAAACCGCCUCACAAAACCGACAUCGCCAGAUUUUAUCCCUACCGCACAUGGCCCAUUGACAUCUGCCUCUGGCAGUGGCCGGACCCACCCGACCACAAGGACCAUGAAAACAGGGCAGACUACCUCCGUGAUGCUGUCCUGCCCACAGCACGCGUCGGAACUCUUAUUCAGCUCAAGGACGUCCACCGACUAUUCCAGCAGAGUUUCUGGGACGCCAACGUUCCGAUCUACGGCCACAGGGCCCUGAGAUUCACCACCGCCGGAAGACCUUCUUUUGCCGUCCCGCACGACGCAGAACUGAGGAAACAGGAUUGGUAUGAAACUUUCGGGUUUUCCAAGGGUAAAUGGUUGCACUUGGCAGUGCGAGCGUUCAGAGCCGCUGGAUAUGGGAUGGUGGCUGAGUACCUUGGCCAUCUCGUUGACGAAGAGCUAGUCGGCGUGCGAACCAAGAGCCGCUGGGACGAGGAGAAAAAGCGGUGGUCUGGCCGUGAUGCAGAUGUAAAGGCACACAUGGAAAAGAUCAGAAACAACGCGUUGUCCAGUAUGCCUGGAGAGGCGGCAGUCAGCGUCACCCAGCUCAACGCUCGCUCUACCACCCAGGAGCUGCUAUCCGCCUUGCAAGACUUUUGUAGCUCCGUGUUGGCCGAACUCCAGCACUCCCAGCGCAUGGCGGUCGAAUACCUCCAGCUUUCGGAUUUCGACAAGAGCUACCUCCAAGUUCAGCUCUGGAAGCUUCAGCAGCGGAUCGAGUCCUACGGGCGCAAGGUGCACAGAAUCAUGAGCCUGUCUCUUCCGGCCAAGAUCACCCGCUGGAUGUCAAUCGUAUUUCUCGAUAACCAGCUCCUCUCGUCCAUCAGCGAGAGUAUCACAAGCAUCACGUUACUCUUCUCAUCUCUGAAGCAAACCAGAGCUUACCUGGAAAAGAACACCAUCUCUCAGCGUGAAUUUGACGAGAUCGCAAAGACCAUGCCCUCCAUCGAGGAUACCGUCUUCCGCACCCGGUCCCAGCGCCUGCAAAAGAUUGCGCAGCGAGAGUUAUUUAACAUGCCACUCAUGUUUCGUCAGCUGUGGGAGAAGUUCCAUGUGAUCUUUGGGAGAAUCAACACCAAACUCCGUACAGGGACGUUACGAGUGAGACCAUACAUCAUGAAGAAGAAGAGGAAGAAGCAAAAGAAGAAGAAUGCAAGGAGACAAUCAAGUCCUGGCACCGACUAUGACUCGGAGCUGUCAUUAUCACGACUCACCCUCCGAAGCCCCCAGUCGACAAGAAUAUCACCAAGAUCAGCUUACCCACAGGCGCUGCUGGCAUCGGCACCGGCUCCAAAACCAACGACGAGAGUCAUGUCCGCUAAUGACCCGGAGCAGGAAGCAAUCUUGUCGGGACACGCCUUUGCAGGCUUGCAAAUCAGAUCACGUCCAUCAACAGCAGUGGCCGGGGCUAAGCGCGGACGGGAUGAUGAUGAUGAAGAUGAAGAUGAGCCACAACUACCAGCCAGCAAGCGGCAGCUGCGCCCGAAUCAAGUACUUCCACCACAGAGAUUCGCUCGUGCUCCUGCUGGUGGUGGUGGUGGUGCUGCGGCUGCUGCUGCUGCUGCUCCAUCUUCAUCCCCUGCGGCUGGUGCUUCCCGUUCUGCUACCGGUUCUGUUUGGACUUCUUCUUCUAGUUCUGGGUCUGGUGAUGAUGUUAGUGAUAGUUCUAGUGGCGAGUCCGGUGGUGGGUCUGGCGGCCCUAAGAGUGAUUCUGGUGGUAGAUCUGGUGGUUCACCAAGUGCUGGUGCGGAAGGUACUCCCGAAGACGAAGAGUUGAUACCCGAAGGCAGCUACAGCAUAGGUAGCACCAGGAGCCCUGGGAUCCCCGAAGGCCCCAGCACUGGCUACAGCCCCGGAGAUCCCAUGGAGAUCAGCGACAGCGACAACCGAGGGGGCAGAAGAGGAAGACAAGCAGCGCCUUCUUCCUCUACCCACCACCACCGCCACCAUCGUCAUUCCCAUUCCCACUCCUAUUCCUCUUCUUCUUCCUCUUCCUCCUACUGCUCAACUUGCUACUCCUCUUCCGAAUCCGAAACCGGUAUCGUCACCAACGACCCUAACCUCGCUGACCCCUUCAUGGACGCCCCCCCUCAACCCAACACCACUACCACUCCCACCACUCCCACCACUCCCCAACGUAACCCCCCUGCUCGCACAUCCCCCCUCCGCACCCCCCACAUGCGCGCCCCCUCCCGUUCCCCCUACCGCACCCCUCCCCCUGCCUACCAAAAGACUCCUCCCGUGCACUCCCGAACCCCUCGUCACCCCAUCGAAGGCCCUCGUCCCCGUCGCCGAUCCCCCGGCCACUCCCCUCUCGAAGGACCCCGCGGCCGUCGACCCCGUCGUCAAGUCCAACCCAACGAAACUCCUCCCCCCUCUUUCCUCGACGCAGUCGGCAGUAUCUUCGGCCUCAGCCUCGGCCCAGGCAGUGGCGGACGCGCUGCCACUGACGCUGACAUUCGCAAUGCUCGCAGCCCUUCUACGCCUGAAUUUCGCGCUCCGAGGGGUAGAGAUUCUCCCACGCAAAUCAGGACUCCAACGUCUGGUAUGCGGGGGUUACUUGCACCCUUGGGUCGGUUGAACUUUUUCGGUGGUGAUGGUGGUGGUGAUGGUGGUUCUCCACCGGCGGCACCUGCGGCACCUAGGCGGAAUGUAGAUGCUAGAGGGGCGCCUGGCCGUAGAGGUAUGGAUAUCUAUGAACGUCGUAGAGCUCCUUUCGCUGAGAUGAAUGUUCCGAAUGCUCCAAGAGGUAGAGCGGGCGCUUCGGGCGCUCCGAGGGGUGCUCAGGGUGGUCGGGGCGCUCGGGGUGCUGGUGCGAAUGCUGGAGGACCAAGUGUUGGGUGGGGUGGUCUGGGAGAUGUUUUUGGUGAUGAAAGGGGUCAAACAGCAGGGCAGAGGGAGAAUCCGGAUAACGAUAUGGAUAUGGACGACGGGAUAGAGUAG